AUGAUCGAGGAGGUGAAGUUUGACAUAAGCAAUGCAGAUCAGGGCACCAUCAUUUGGACGAGAACAUCUUCAGGAGAAUACACAGCCAAAUCAGCAUAUGGCAUGCAAUUUGAUGGAGGUCUGGCCUCACUGUUCCUGAAGAUGGUGUGGAAGAUGCAGAUCUUUGUGAAGACCCUCGCUGACAAGAUCAUUACGCUAGAGGUUGAGUCCUGUGACAAGAUCAGCAAUGUCAAGGCGAAGAUUCAGGAUAGGAUGGGCAUUCCCCCGUACCAGCAGCUGCUCAUCUUUGCACACAAGCAGCUUUCAGAUUGGCACACACUUGCCAGUUAUAACAUUCUUCAGGAAUCCACCGUGCACCUUGUCCUCCGUCGGCCACUUGAUGGCAUGCAGAUCUUUGCAAAGACACUCACUGGCAAGGUCAUUACCCUAGGUGGAUGUUAG